UUAAGUACAAUUUCUUAGUACUCUUUCCACCACUGAAAACAUUACAUUCAGUCUUUACACAUAUCCUGUCUAGUUGAGCUACAGGAACACUUUAGGUACUGUAAGUAGGCUGCACCUUACUGUGCUCAGCAAACCUUUAUGUCAUCACAGCUCCCUCCCUCCUGUCUGGCUGACAAUCAGUCCUCCAAAUGAUUAGAGACACAAAAACCUAAAGCAGGAAUAAUGAAAGUUAAUUUGUAUUUAUUUUUUCGUGCCUUGACUGGCUUGUCACUAAUCGGACUCGUUUAUCUGGGCUUUACAUCCCGCUGGAGCAAGCUUUUAUACACACGGCCCAAUGUGUUUGACUCAGAAGGCAACUUUCUUCCCAUGGCACCAUGGUUAGCCCCAAUUGUACGGGAAGGAACUUUUGAUCCCACACUGAUUGAUGCGAUAUAUAAGAAAAAAAACAUCACCAUAGCAACUGCAGUCUUCGCUCUUGGAAAGUACACACAGUUUCUUAAAGAUUUCCUGGAGUCCGCGGAGCAAAAUUACUUUGUUGGAUUUCGUGUACAUUAUUACGUGUUCACUGAUCUCCCGGAACAGGUUCCUGCAGUGAAACUGGGCAAAGACCAUCAUCUGACGGUGUUGAGAGUGGCUAGUUCUAACAGAUGGCAGGAGAUCAGUUUGCGCAGGAUGGAAAGGCUGGAGAAACUGAUUGAGAGUCCAUUGUUGAAAGAAGCCGACUACGUUUUCAGCCUUGAUGUGGAUUCAAAGUUCUAUGGGCGAUGGGGGGUAGAGUCUUUGGAUCGUCUUGUAGGUGCCAUACAUCCAUGGUAUUAUAAAACCCAUCAUGUAUGGUUCCCAUAUGAGCGCAGGCCUGAGUCUCAAGCAUACAUUCCUUAUUCUGAGGGUGAUUAUUAUUAUGGAGGAGCUGUGAUUGGUGGCUUACCGAAAGAUGUAUAUCAGCUUGUUAAAACCUGCAGGGAACACCUGGACAUUGAUGCAGCUAACUCCAUUGAGGCGGCAUGGCAGGAGGAGUCUCAUUUGAACAAGUACUUCCUGUAUAACAAACCCAGUAAACUGCUUUCACCCGAGUAUCUAUGGGAUGACAGAAAAUCUAAAACACAAGAGAUAAAAAUCAUCCGUUUCUCUCAAGUUAAUAAAAACUACAAUGAAGUUCGUCCAAACCCAUAGCAGCUGUUAAAGAGAUAGUUCACCCAAAAAUAUAUAAUACCCCAUGAUUUACUUACCCUCAAGCCAUCCUACAGUACAUGUGUAUAUGACCUUCUUCUUUCAGAUGAAUACAAUUGGAGUUCUCUGGUGAGAAUAUGCAAGUCUUACGAGAACGUAGUUUUGUUUACAGCAAAGGACAAUAAUUCCUCAGACAUUUUUCUUUACAAAUCCUUUGUUUGUACCUCUAAGUCUGUCACAGUCAGCAGCUGGUAUGCCCUUGAUAGCCACCCAAGGGCACUAUUCUGAACUAUUGUUUAUUUGCAUUGGACUCCAACUACCAUCAAACUUUGCCUGAACUAUUAAGUCUCAUUGCCUCCAGCUCAAAUACGGUUAUCUAAUAAGCAUACGUCCUAUUCUGUGUACUAAACUCCUGAAAAUGGAAGGCUUUUUAUAAGAAGCUUUUUAGGGAAUUUACAGACCUCAUGACAUCACAAGACAUUGGAAUACACCUGCUCUCUAUAAGGGACUGAAGUGCAAUGAGGAAAUCAGAUGCUGAUUCUGUGGAACAGCUUCUCCGGUGCCAGCGGCCUUGCCAUUGAUGCUUCUAAACAACCGAGCUUGCAAAUUAUAUAUAUUUUGUUUUUAUUUUUGUUUUUAUAUUAGUAUGUUGUUUGUAACAUAUUUAACCUAUAUACAUUAAACUUAUACUUAACUAUAACUAAAAAGCUAGCCUGCCAAAAUACUUUAGCAGAACAGACCACGGAGAGGUCUUCUGUGAUCUAUUUUGUAAGUAUGAAAAUUUUAAUGCUUAUCGGCCUGUUUUCACCUUUUGUGAUGCUUUUUUGCUCUUUUGUUUCAUGUGGAUUAUGAGUGUGGAUUACUUUAUUAAAUGCUGCAUUUGGAUCUUU